AUGCAGGUCCCCAGAGUCUCCCAUCGCAUGGGUAACACGAAUGCAAAGCCUUACAAUAAGAUGCCUGGAAAACUUAACUUCAAGAACAUGGCCCAAAAACUGAUGAUGAAGUGCCAGAACAUGGGAUACCAGAUGCCUCAGAUGUUUCAGCAGAGCCCUGUUUUCAAUUACAGGCAACUCGAUUUGCCUGUGGAGGAAAAGAGCGAGGACUCGUCCAGUUCCAACGUUUUCACGUUUCUUGAUGCUCUGAAAUUAGCCACAGAAGACGCAAGCAAAGCCCAAAACGGCCGGGUCAACAUGGCUGACUCAGAUGAAACGCCAAACAAGAUGUGGAAUUGUACCAGACUUCAACAAAUGAUCAGACUGAUGAGGAACUCCUCUGAAGCAUCUGCAUGUUACAUGCAAGCCGUUGUGGCUCCCAUGUCCUGGACGACUCUGACCACGCCAGGUGAAAACAACAUGGACCCAGGCGAGUACGACGCAAUGGUGUGGGCGGCCAAACCUGCACUGCAAGAUAUGCCUCCUUCAAGACUGAACCUUCCUCGUGAAGUAAAGGCUCAAUACAUGGAGAAGAUCAUGAACAUGAUGCGGGACAUGCACGAUUCCAUGUCUGACCAUCAAAGAGGUUCUGUGGUAAAAUGGGUAAAAGAGCAGAUCACUCAGAAUUACUUCAACUGCACCAUGAUGCCACCAUCUGUCUCAGGAGGGGAGUCAAAAUCAGAAUCUAUGGAACGCUGCAAUAGUUCACUGAAGUGGCUGAACUUGAAAGCGAUGAAAACCUUUGGGCCUUACCUCUCCCGCCUAACUCUGCACGAUGUGGACUCCUCUCCCAGAGAGAUGCUGUGUGAAUUUUUCAAGUCGGACCGAUUCACAUCCACCUUGACCAGAAUGAGCAAGAUGAAACCCAGCCUGAGUAGGAAGUUUCUGGAAAGGAUUCAGGAGUGCUACGGUGGAAGUAUGGAGUUGGCGAACCAUACAGACAAGCUCGGCACACUGGCUUGCUACUACGAUGCUCCAGACCUGACUCCUGACCUCAGCAAGAAACUCCUCUCUCAGCUGGACAACUGCAACAACCCUACAAGCAGAAAGCUGAGGAAGCGCCUUGUCCAGACUGUGAUGUCAGAUUCCAACUCUGUUCAGUCAGUACAUGAGCUGGGCAGUAGCGUUACCUUGUUGUCUCCCAAACAACUGUCCAAACUCCCGGACAGCGAUCGCGAAGCCAUCCUCAAAACUAUGGGACCCAAUGUCCGAUGGUCAAAAAGCCAGCUGAUGGCUCUGCUCAAAGCAAAACAGGACGGCAACAAGUGUAAAGAGGUUACACUUGAGGAGCUGAUGACCCUCCAGGCAGUUGUAGAAGGUUUGCCGAGGUGCAUGCUCAAGCGAAUCAGAGGCCGGGAGAUGCUGGAUGAUCCAGAUGCUCUGAGGAACAUCACAAAGAGGAUGAGUAGGGGGCAGCUGAAGGCCAUGCUGAUGGGGCUGCGUAAAGAUGUGAAUUCCUCGGAGCUGUUGUCGAAGUUGUCCGACCCUUUGCUUCGCGUUCUGUCUCUAAACGUCCUGAGGAAAACAAACAGCACUUUUUUGGACCAAGUGGAGAAAAGAAACUGGAGUCAGUCACAGGCAGCAUACCUGGCAAACAAGAUGCAUGACAAAAAUCGGUUAAACUAUUGGAGCCUGCGUUCAGUCCUCCAGGGUGUGACCUGUAAGAUGAUUGGAUCAGUUGCGGACAAAGACUCACUAGACAUGGCUCAGGCCAUAACUGAGAAUCCACAGUGGCUCUCCAAAGUGCAGGCGAUGUGUGCGUCCCGAAAGCUUUUCGCGACUUUGAAGAAAGUGAGAGCUGACUAUUUCCCAACCAUCACAGAGGAGGAGCUAAAUGACAUUCCUACGCUCCUGCUUCUUCACCUGCCGCCUGCCAAAGUGAAGGACUUGCCUGACUCGGUGUGUCCUGUCUUCCUCGACAAGAUGGAGGUGGCCAACAUGAGCUCGUUACCUCGGCUCUCCUCGUCUCGCCCUGCUCUCCUGAAGAGGGCGCUGCGCUGCCUGUCCAAAGAUUUGUCCGAACUGACCACUGACGAUGUGUCCAGGCUGGGCGAGCUGGUGUGUCAGCUGUCUGCUUCCCAACUGCGCCUCAUGAACCCCGAUGUCACGCGCUCCAGCCUGCAGGAGAUGGCCUCCUGCCUGCAUAUUCCUCAACGCCACAGAACGGAUCUAGUACAGCUGCUCAUCCAGACUUAUAAGGAUCCAUCUGAUUGGUCCGCAGAGACUAUGGAAGCACUGGGCCCUCUCCUUUUUUUGGACGACAAUGCCACAUCUGCUCUGCCCAAUAAGCCCUGGAUGAAGGACGUUCUCUAUUUUCUGAAGUCACGUCUCCCCUCCGUCUCAGGCGCUCUGAAAAAGAAAUUAUUUGAUCUCACCAUCACCCCACCAUCAAAUUCAGAACGUAGAAAGAGGGCAGGUGAGGAAGAGACAUCUUCUCCCAUGAACGGUACAGAAACACCUACUAUUCUGUUGGUGGAGGCGUUGGAAAUGGGCAAUGUCUUUUGGACGCCUGCAGAGAUGGACAAGUUGACAGAGGAAACCUUCGUCACUAAAGUAGAAACACUCGGUCGCGUACCUGACUACAGUGCAGAGCAACUGAGCAUUCUCAGAAAAAAAGCAACUGAGUUCUUUGGCCCGGUGUCACAGAUGAAUGAGAGUGUGGUGAUGCAGAUGCGAUGUUUAACCCGGGGCUUCUCGAACACAGAGCUGGAGACGCUCUCCUUCUCUCUGGACGCUAUGGAGGACAUUACUGACUGUGGCUGGAUGGAGUCGCAGAUGGAGUCAGUGUGGAUGGGUGUUGCUAAAUACAACAACCUGACGGCCGAGGAGCUGGGAGCUGCAGAGAUGGUCAUGCUGAACCAGUUCAUCUGUGGCCUCAACCAGAGCGAGAUCAAACAGCUCGACAAGGAAGCCUUCAAGGAUGCUGUCGGCUCAGUGGGGGAGAGUCGGUGCCCCUAUCCGGUUGCACGCCAGUUGAAAAGUCUUGCUGUGUCAGCGUUCGGGGAGCCGAGCACCUGGAAUGAAGCACGUGUGUCUGACUUGGGCAACAUCAUGGCUGGGCUGGACAGAACUGAGUUGGCUUCUUUGAAAGAAUCUGUUUGUCCAUUUUUCAGUAAAAAUUCCAUCCCGCUCAUACCAGCUGACAACUUUGCUGGACUCUCUGCUUCUCAGCUCGAGGCUCUGGGUCCUGACAACGCUGUCAUGGUGACCCCUGAGCAACUAGCAGCUCUUGGGGACAAGCAGCGAGUCGCUCUCCAAAGAGCAGCGACUGGGUCUCAGGAGGAAACACAGAACACAGAAAACACUAGCGAGUCAGGAGUUCCAUCGCUGAGUGUCGAGGGGAUCUCUGCUUUCAUGAAGCCCUUUCUGGUUUUCCUCAUUGGCCUCCUGUUCCUGUGA